AUGUCUGCACCGCAAAUUUAUCAAGUGCCAGACAUCAACAGCAUCCACGUAGACCAAUCAUGGAUGAGCAUGGACUCCCCGUACCCCCCUACCCCUUACCGCCGCUCGCGCAAGAGCCACGUCAGCAACCCAAGCUGGAAUUCCGCCUCGUUCAUGCAGCCGGGCGCGCACCCCUGGCCGGGUGGGAGGCCGCUCCCUCAGCCCAUACAAGCGAGGGGCAUGUCCACUAGCUCGCAGUGGCAAUCGGAAUACGCGAACGACUACACACAGGAGUCGGUGGCGCCGGAGCGGGACGACACCGGCGGUGAUUUGGAAGCACAGGCGGGCGAGGGUGAAGGCGAGGGUGAGGGUGAUGAACAGGAUUGGGACGCGACGGAGGGUAGCACCGACCACAUCACAGUCGAGGCUGUCCCAGGGCAGACAGGAGCGAUCGUAGAGGAGGGCCACCCCAGGCAGAGAGGGAAAGCCAAGGCAUUCGUUGGUGGCUUUGUCACGGGUCUGAGGAACCUGCCACGACUGGUGGUGAAGACUGAGCGGAAGGCGUUGAAGAAAGGAGCCUUGGAGACGUAUGCUGCGGACGACCCGGAGGCGUUGCCCGGGUACGAGGAGGCCAGCCAGCCAGUGCCUGGCCCGUCCAACAUGCAGUACGUCCAGGCAAUGGAGAUGCCCAGCGGGCAUGUGGCGUCCUCGCAGCUGUCAUACACCAACGACGACAGCCAGAACCAACAAGUCCACGCUCCUCCCGAGCACCAUAACGAGGAGCCGCCCCAUCAGGCUUCGGCCUCCGGUCCUAUGCUCGCCCUUUCCUCACCGGCUGUCGGUACGCCCGUGCUCGUAGAGCCUCUCCCAACACGAGACUAUGCGAAGAUGGAGUCGCCAGUGCGCACCGCGCCCCCAGACGACUCUUUCAGCGCGCACAUCACGCGUAUCCACAACUUCAUCGUCGAGUUGAAGAACCUUCCGUGGCUCUCAUCUCGUGUCACAGACGACUACUACCCAGAAAGGUCAGGCCGUGCCCGCGACUCGAAGAUCAAGCCAGGGUCAUGGUAUUCCACGCGUGAACACCACGAGAUCGACCUCCUCGCUACGCCUGCUGCUGUCAAGACUGAGGUACCCCGCAGCGACGAUGGUCGAUCUCUUGUGCGUCCUGUGCGGACGCCUACUAUGACUUCCUGUAGCAGCAGCCCCGUCCACCCCGCGAUGAGGCAGUACGUGGCUAGCAUCGCCAGCCAGGGUCUCGCGUCUCCUGUCGCUUCGUUGCGCAGUCACAGGCGACGGUCGUAUCGCAGCUACCACGGUAGUUAUCACGGCGGACAUUCCGGAUACCAGUUACCGCAGAUGCCCCCGCUCGGUAAUAUACAACUGCAGCACGCCAUAGGUGUCACAGUGGAUGCCCAAGGCAAUCAAAUGUACAUGGUACCUGUCGCGUCCAUCCCGUCUAUGCCGUCUGUGCCGUCACCACCGCUUACUUCCCAUUCCCCUUCACACCCGCCAACUCACGUCCCAUAUCCGAGUAUGAAUGCCUACCUCGUUAACCCGACCCGCAAGCAUGGCCGAGGAACACAUAAGGUCCGACCUCUGGUUCAACGAUGGCAAUAUAUUCUGGUCGUCCGUGGUAUACUAUUCAAAGUCCAUCGCGGACAACUGGAGCGUCACUCCGAGGUGUUUCGUGACCUCUUCUCGAUACCACAACCGCAGGAUCAGCAGCAGCUCAUAGACGGCUGCCAGUGGUUGGAAUUGUACGACUCACCUUCCGACGUCCUGCACUUGCUAUCUGCAUUAUAUGAUGGAUUAUACAUCAGCAAGCCCUGUGCAAUCAAAUUCAACGUCGUCGCUGGUGUCCUGCGGCUGUCCCACAAGUACUUGAUCGAGCAUCUCCGCAUCCGCUGUCUUCAAUGGCUUCGCGCCGACUGGCCGUCGACUCUGGAUGGCUGGGACCGUAGGGAGCAACAGGCGACUGACGACAACAAACGCUACGCGCCACGAGAAUGGUAUCCGCAUCCGAUCUACGUUAUCAACUUGGCACGUGAACUCACUCUCAAUGAUCUGCUCGCAUCUGCCUUCUAUGAUCUCUCGCGUUAUGGACCACGCAAGAUCGCUUCUGGAACGACGACCACUCCCCAUCCACUGCCUACGGCUGAUUCGACGACGCCCAACGCACUUGACGAACGUCUUGCUCUAUCGCCGCAAGACCUCUACACAGUACUCCUUGGGCGCGAAGUCGGACAACGUUACUUAGCGAACUUUAUCGAGAAGGAACUCAGCACGCGCGCGGUGUCCGCCACAUGCAUCCACAAACAUCGCGACAACGGACGGCCCUGCCGAGAAUCGUUCUACUUCAUCAUGCUCAACAUCCUGCGCUCUGUCGGGGGUAUAUCUGCAGGCCGUGAUGCCGACCCUCUUUUCACGCUCGUGCAAGCGGUGGAGAUGCUCAACCGCAAAGACUUCACGGAUGGCGAGAAGCAAUGCGGCCUGCAGAUAUGCGAGCCUUGCAAAGUGGACUUCGCACAGUCUACUGCGAAAGCGAGGCAGGACGCCUGGGCUCAGUUGGCUUCUUGGUUUAGUUUUGAAGGCAAUGCACCGAUAUCCGCUGUACCGAUCUGCUAG